AUGGUCUCCUUCUUCGGCAUCAGGCUCGGCAGCGACAGGAAGAAGUCCCCGAAGCCCACGAAGCCGCCGAAAUGGAAUGCCGCCAAGGACCCUCGCCUCGAUGACCUCGCUCCUCCUCGCCGGCCGCCGUCUCGUCCGGGUUCGUGCUCGACCUCGAGGCCGGCCUCCAACUGGCGUGCCGUCUUUCGCAACCCCGCCAUGGCCUCCUCGAUGCACGACCUUACCCAGAGCCCCCGCGGCCUGCAGCACCACGCCUCCGAGUCCAACCUUCGGCCGAGGAGGGCCAGCCUGGUCCUGCCGCCGCCGCCGGGGCCCGCGAGGGCCAACUGCCCGGGCAUCAUCUCCCAGCCCGCCUCGCCCGAGCUCGACCCGAACCCCAUCGGCGUCGCCUACCCCUCGCCGCCGCCUUCGGACCACUCCGGCAGCGCCGCCGUCUCGCCCAUGAUUCACCAUGCCCUCACCUUCCCCAUCGCCGCCGUCCCGAGCCCCGUGGCCUUUGCGCCGCGCGCGUCCGACGAGAGGCCCCGCGCCCUCCGCGGCGCCCUCGCGAGGCGCGACACCCUCACCUUCCACCAGCCCCGCCGGGAGAGCGUCGCCAUCAAGUUCGACGAGGGCGUGCGGCGGACGCGCCAGGUGGAGGGCUUCAGCGGCAACUUUGCCGAGUUCGACUUUGGCGACAUUCUCAAGAGCAUCCCCAGGAGCGCCGGCGACGGCCGAGUCGAGACGGCCUCGGCCGCCGCCCCCGAAUCCCAGAGGGGGGAGCCCCCGUCCGUAGGGCCGCGACGCGGCUUCCACGCGAACCGGUCCGGCAACCGUGCGCCUCCUCCGAAGCCGCUCCAACCCGUGGCCGCCUCCGAGGAGCCGAGCCCGAGUCCUUUCCCGACCCCCGACGAGACGAGGUGCCCGCAGGCGGUCCCGAGUCCCCUCUUCACCGCCGCCGCCGAGUUCUCGAAAUCAAAAGGCCUGCUGCGCGGCCGCAAGCCCGAGGAUCCAAGCCCGUCGUUCGACUCGUGGUCCGACCCCUCGCCCCGCCGCUCGGCCAUACCGGCGCCCCUGUCGACGGCCCGCGGCUCGCCCGUGCCCUUCCUCCCCUGCCCGGCCUUUCCCUCGCUCGCCCAUUCCGUUUCGAGCGAGAAUCUGGACUUUGCCAUUGCCUUUGACGAGCCUCCGAAGCAUUCGCCGCUCGUGCCGGAGAGAGCGGCGAGCCCCGUGCGCAUGGAGGUGAAAAAGGCACCGCCGCGCCUGUCCACGAUGCCCUCGGCUACCUGGACGCCGCGGUCGCCCGUGGAGGCCCAGGUCGGCGGUUUCAUAUGA